AUGAGCAAUUUUACCAACCACUCACAAAAUAAUAACUCGUCCGCUUCCUGUACUGCUGUUGGAGGUUCGAACAAUAACAACAACAAUAGCUCUCAAUUUAACAACAACAAUAAUACAACCGUGAGUGUGAUUGAGGAGAAUAUUAGUCAAUCUACUAGUAAUAAUCACCCUUCUCAAACAAAAGGACAGCCUCCCCCACGUAUGUUGGCUCAUUCUAACAGCAAUACACAACGACAUUCCGUCGAUUCCUAUACACCUCAAGUUAUUAGUAAUAACAUGUCUGAUAUUUAUCAAAGGAGAGUUGGCUCAUCAAUAACAGGAUCAGAUUCAAGCCUCUCCUCAACAUCUACAUCAUCCACUUCUAUCAUCAAAUCACUACAACAAUCCUUUACAACCUAUUCAAUAGUUCUUCAAGAUCGCGAAAAGCUUAAAGGAUGGAAGAAUGUACUUUUAUUUGCCUUUCUUAAUAUUUAUGUAUUGUGGGCAUCCGUGGCGAUACCUAGUCAAGGAAAUUAUAAUUAUGGGGAUAUUGGAUCAUGGAUUUGGAAGGCAAUUAAUUUUCCAGUGACCCUUUCACUUGAUUUGAUCCCUUACGAGGUAGGGAUAGCUCUCUCUUCAAUAUGUAUUGCCUUUUCAAUUCUGGGAAUUUUAAUGUUCCUUAUUUCUUCUAGGGCAGUGUACAAUUCGAGCAAGUACACAAACAUUCUCAAAAAACUGUUUAGAAUCUAUGGAAUUAUAUUUCAGUUCAUUGUCUAUACAAUGAUCUUUAUAAUGAGUGGAUUUUUCAAUUGUGAUGAAUCAAAGACUGUAGUUUUGGAGGGUUAUGAUGAGCCACAAACAGUGCUGAGGAGAUAUCCUACCACUCCAUGUUCUUCAACAGCUAAUAUUAUUUUGGUGAUCAUUAAUGCUUUGGGAAUUUUAGUGCUCUUCAUUGAUGCAGGUAUUGUUGGAUUGACUGUGACGAAUGCUCAUCCAAAGAGCUCAACACUCUUCAUUACAGAUACUUCAUACUUUUCUGUAAUUUUCAAUUGGGUCUCAAUGUUUCAAAUCUUGGUUGUAUAUGUAAUACCUCAACAAUAUUUUUAUAUUGUUGCCGUUCUGCACAUUAUUUCAUCCAUUAUUACCAUUCCAUUUCUAUUUUAUCUUCUUCCAUUCUUUAGAAGAAUGGAGAAUUCUAUAUAUUGUGGAAUAAUUUGCUCCAAGAUUGGCAUUAGUAUUGGAUGCAUUGUUUCCUACUUUGUAAAUUCCCAAUAUUUAACAGAUCUAGGUCUUGGUAUGUCUGGAAUAAUCGUGGGUCUUGGUCUGGUGGGUUGUAUUAUUGGCUUGACCGUUAUGGAAAUUUAUACAAGAGUAUCAUAUAAUGAAGUGAGAAAGGAGGUUGUGAGAAUUCUUUCAGAGUGCGCCUCACAAGCUAUUGAACUGUCCAAUGAUGAAUCUGAAUAUGUUCACAAACAACAUGGAGAAAACUUUUUCAAUUUGAAAUCGUUAUUUGAGAGAGAAUCUGUUUCAUUGUUGAGAUCAUUUGAGGAAAGAAAGAAACUGAGAAACCUUAAUUUAUUCCUAAAAUUCUCCAUGAGAUCUGGAAAUAAGCCCGCCAAGGAGACUUUCUUAAUGUCUGACUUGGAUUUAGUCGUUGCAUUUAUUAGAGGUGUUGGGAAUCAAAAGAGUUUCAGUAGUCCAAUUCUAUUGGUAAAUUGUAGUUUGGUGGCAUGCCACUUUGUGGUUGGAGAGACAAAUAAUUUGACUCUUGCCUUCUCCUUAUUGAAAAAAGCACAAAAACAGAGACCUUCUUUAUUAGAAAACUUUAUAAUCGUAGAGAGAAUGAAAGAAAUUGAAUCAUCAACUGAAAAUUUAGGUAGAGCCAAAAGUAGUAAGUUUCUUUAUUCAGAUCUGUAA